GCCCUCCUGCUCAUCCCCGACAUGGCGCUGAGCUGGUGGUCGCCGCUGUGGCCCCCGUUGCCCCGGCUCCUCCUGCUCCCGCUGCUGCUGCGGGGCUGCCUGGUCGCUGCUGUGAACCUCAAGUCCAGCAACCAGAACCCAGUGGUGCAAGAAUUCCAGAGCGUGGAGUUGUCCUGCAUCAUUACGGACUCGCAGACGAAUGAUCCCAGGAUUGAGUGGAAGAAGAUUAAUAGCGAGGAAACCUCCUACGUGUUCUUCGACAAUAAGAUUCAGGGAGACUUGGCGGGCCGGGCGGAGAUCCUGAGCAAGACAUCCCUGCGGAUCCGGAACGUGACCCGGAAAGACAUGGCCUCGUAUCGCUGCGAGGUGGUGGCCCGCGAGGACAGCAAGGCUAUCGAUGAGAUUGUCAUCGCUCUCACGGUGCUGGUGAAGCCGGUGGCUCCGGCCUGCAGAGUGCCCCAGUCUGUGCCGGUGGGCAAGUCGGCCACGCUGCACUGUCAAGAGAGCGAGGGCUACCCCAAGCCCACCUACAGCUGGUACCGCAACAACGAGCCUUUGCCGACGGACUCCAAGUCCAGCCCCAAGUUCCGAAACUCUUCCUUCCUCCUGAACCCUGAAACGGGCACUCUGGUUUUCAAUGCUGUCCAUAAAGAAGACACGGGCCAAUACUACUGUCUUGCCUCCAACCAAGCCGGCACUGCCAAGUGCGAGGAGCGGGAGAUGGAAGUCUACGACCUCAACAUUGGUGGGAUCAUUGGCGGUGUGUUUGUGGUCCUGGCCGUCCUCAUCCUGAUAUCGCUGGGAAUUGGCUGUGCCUACAGACGGGGUUAUUUUGUCAACAGCAAGCAGAAUGGAGAAAGCUACAAGAAUCCAGUCAAGUCUGACGGGGUGAACUACAUCCGGACAGAUGACGAGGGCGACUUCAGGCACAAGUCAUCGUUCGUCAUCUGAGGUCUGACCGGCGGCCGAGGACACCUGCGGAUACCUCCGUUGGGAGCGCCAGCGGAGAGCCACCGUUCAGCAAGAUGCACUUGGAAAGAGAAACUCUUGCAAAAACUUUUUUCUUCUGCCAAAGUUGAUCACUGUUCCAUUCUCAGUUUUAACGAGCCACUGAAUUAAGUGAAUCCCCCCAGGGUGGACACAGCAGUCGUGGAGAGGAGGAGGAGGAGGAAGAGAUGAAUGCCUUCAGUGAGUUUGAUCGGCACGUUCAGAGGCUGACCGACCCCACCAGUGCCCCCUCUUUGAGUAUUUUAAAGAGCUCUUCUAGUUCGAACUUCCCCACGCUCGUGGUUUCGGGUGGGAGGGCUUAAUCAGGCCUGGGCUUGGACAUCACGGACAAGGGAUGCCACAUUAGUCAACUACCCAGCUAACGUAGAGGAGAAUGUUCGGCGGGGAGAGGGGAUGGGAAGGAGGCACCAUUGUGUAGCACCAGUAGUUUAGGAUUUGGGGAACAUGGAUUGAGAUUGGAUUCUGCCGGCAGAGAGUGGGGAACUACUGCGCAGCGGACUCCGCAGAGACGAGGCCUUUACGCAACUAACCCGUUCGAAGUCGACCAGCUCUGCGGCAGCAUUCACAGAUCCUAAUCGGCCUGACGAGGGUCAGCCCGAGAAUUGAUUUGGUCAGUAUUAUGUGAAAAUGGCAAAAAUCAGAAAAGUCACUGGCCCGCAGGCCGUGGGCAGACUAAUUCUGACCUGCUGUCGGCAGGUCCGCCCGGGUGGGUUUAGCGUUUGAGAAAACCCUUUUGAGGGAAAGGCGAAGCCACCCGUCUGGGCCCGAUUUCAAAAUGGUACUUAAAUGUUUUUUGCUUUUCUAUGGUUCUGGUUUGAUUUUUAAAAGAUUCCGCAGUCUAAACUUUUGCAAAAAGAUAUAUUUUGAUUACUGCAUAGAAGGUAGAUUUCUAUUUAAACUGUAAAUACGUCAAGCCAACAGUGUUAAACUAGUGUAGCUAUUUUUUUAAAACUCACGAGGAGGUCAAGCCACUUCAGUGUUACACGGAGGACAUUGAGGCUUCAAAGCAGCUGCCUGAGAGAAACCUUCCCAGCUUGCAAGCAGAUGACCCUUCCCUCCAAAGGACCAGCAUUUCCUGAGGCCAGAGUAGCCUGGCGAGCGCUACCGGGUGGAACAGCGUUUGCUCAGGGACCCGAAAUAUUCUUUGAGACAAGCCACGCUCUUUUGUAACUUUUGAUAACUCUCGGCUGUUCCCCAGAAAUAUCACAGGGUCCCAGCGUGGCCUUUGGAUCGCCUCUUCCGACUUCUCAGGUCACAAAGGGGAAGUAGCUCUACUUACCUCCCUGUUUAUGGGAGUUGGGGGGUAGGAGUUGCCUGGAUCUUCGGAGGACCGGACUAAAAGGCUGCUUGUCCCUAGAGCCCUUCAUGUCCUGGAGCCUUGACUCCUUUAGGGAUGGCAAGAUCAGGCAACUUGGUCUGCUGGUUUCAGGAUAUCUUCCGGGCUAAACUGUGCUGGAAAGUUGAGGCUAUUUUCCACCCCGACACCUCAUUCUGGGGGCCGGCUCUUUUCCUGGCCUGGUUUAUUGAUCAGCCUAAGGGUUCAGCGCAGGAUUUAGGUAAUCUAGGCUGCCAAACUCUGGCACCUACAGCUGUUUGUUUUAUACUAGUUUAUUCGUGUGUUUCAUGUGAAGUGCCUAAGGCCAAAGGGCAGCUUUAGAAACCAAAUCUUGAACUAGGAUACCGUUUUUUUUUUAAAGCAAAUGAAUUCCAUAAUUACUCUUCGCUUAGAGGAAAGCAGGCCAGACCCCGAAGAUUCUGACUCACUUCUCAACAAGCCGUUACGCGGUGGCGGCUAGCCAGCCCUUGGAAGGGAAUUCGACAGCGAGGCUGGCUAAGGCAUAAAGUCCACUGUGAGACAAGUAAAAUGCCUGCAUCAAAAGCAUUUUUGCAAUUUUGAUUUUAAACUUUGAUCCGCCCCGAACCGCUGUUCGCUUCUGUGAGAGUUCCAGGAAAGGCCCAGCUCUCCAAAGCCAGAGCCGUCAGCCUCAAACACAUAACCGAGCCUGGCGAUCCACGGCGUGAAGGGCUUUGAUGCAAGGGGUUUCUCUCAUGGAAUCCCUUCAGUACAGGGCGGGUGAUGGAGGUAUUUUCCAGGAUGGUUUCAUGUAGCAGAAUCCAGUCAUCUUGCGUUUGAACUUGUAAGUUUUGUCUUAACUUUUUAUGCUUUGACAGGAUUUUUUUUUUUUUUUGAAUGCCUGAGGAAACUUUUGACUGUCUGGGUUAUUUUUAAAGCGUUCUGUUCUACUCUGCCUUGGGUUUUUCCACCAAAUAUUAGUUUUUGCUAGACAUCUGAAUAGCUGUUGCUUCACAGUACCUGUCCGCUUUUGCAUUUAUUUGAAACGUUUGGAGGUGGGACUGGCCUCAAUCAGAUGGAGGUGCGGGGCUCUGUGAGACAAGAUGGGCACCUCCUUUGGUUGCCACGGUGAUCGGGUAGCCUCACCACCUCCUGUUUCAUAUACGUAGGCUUCCCACCCUAUCCCUGUAUCAGGAUUCAGAGAGUGGAAAAAGACAGGCGGACCGAAAGGAGGUAGCCUGUUGCUGAGCUUUCCGACACGGAGGUGAAGACAUCGUUUUUUCUCAGAUAGGGUGGGCGUUCAAGUAGCCCACUAAAGACUGUUACUUAGAUCUUCGGGAGGGAAAUUGCUGUACAUAGAUGACAUUAAAGCUUUGUACUAACACUA